AUGAUUCCUGCAAUGCUCACCAAAAAAAACCUUAGUAAACACACUAAAAGUUUACAGAAUAAUAGAAAACGUGAGUUUCUUGAAAAAUAUCUUGAAGACCAAUUGGAAGCUAUUAGAACCGCUUCAAUUGAUGAAGAUGGUGUUGGCGUUGGCGUUGAUAAAAAAAAUCACAAUAAAAAGUCAAAACACACGACUAACAAAAAAGCUUUGGCUGGAAUAUCUACUAGUAAAAAGGGCCUCAGAACACCUAGAUUCAGUAAACAUUUUAAACAAUCACAUUCUGAAUAUUCCGAACACUUGGAAGAGGGGGAAAAGAAAGAUGUGAAAGAUGUGGAGAAGUUGGAAAUUUCUGCUUUAUAUGAGUCAGCGUUUAGUGAAAAUAAAAAAUCAGCAACAACCUCACAAAGAUCCUGUUAUGAAAUAAUUGUUGUUAACGAUUCAGCGUCAAUUUCUUCUUCGUCAUCAAGGCUUACUGUUGACACCGGUGAAAAAUCUUAUAGCACCCCUCCAAGUCCUCCCAUACAAGAUCAACUAAACACCACCAAUCACAAUAGCUCAAAUAACUUUGCAAUGAAUGUUGAUUCAAUGAUUGAUAAUAAUUUAGAUAUAAUAAUACUCGGUUCUAAUAGUCACUCACCAUACAUUAAUCAGCACGAUGCCUUACAUAAUAACACUAGAUUACCACCACUUCCACAACCACGAUCAAUGAACGUUAAUGUAUACAAUUCAACAAAUAAUAGCUAUCCUUCUGUUUUUAAUUACGGCAACCAUCAAUCAUUUGAACCUGAUCAUACGUUCAAUUAUCAAAUUUAUGGUAAUCCACAAUCUACCCAACAUCCAAUUACGCAACAUUCUAAUACAUGGCCACGACCAGAAAUGAGGAUGAUUAGCACAUCAUCCAAUCCUUCUCAACAAUUUAAUAACAUUUAUACAUCGUCACCGCCUUUUUCUUCAUAUUCAUUACCACCUGCUAGAUUGAACGAUAACUUUUUAAUAAUUGAUUUAACUUCUGAUAACGAAUACACUGAUGAUGGUGGAGGCGGAGUCGAUGUUACAUCAGAAUUUAAAUGGAAAAAACAUCGAUUAUACUGA